GGGAGGAGGAAGAAGAAGAAGAAGCGGACGUGUCAAGCUGUCGCCAUUUCGCUGAGGAAGGAAAACGCCUUGAAGACGGAAGCGAACACAUCAACUGCUUUUACCAAAGUCACCUCCCAUCACCAGCAACCAUGGGGAAUUUAUUUAUGAAGCUAUUUAAGUUUGGGCACAAGGAGAUGAGGAUCCUCAUGGUGGGUCUGGAUGCUGCUGGAAAGACCACAAUUCUGUACAAGCUCAAACUUGGAGAGAUCGUGACGACCAUCCCCACGAUAGGUUUUAAUGUAGAGACAGUGGAGUACAAGAACAUCAAUUUCACCGUGUGGGAUGUUGGUGGUCAAGACAAAAUUCGACCGCUGUGGCGUCAUUACUUCCAGAACACACAGGGCCUCAUCUUCGUUGUGGACAGCAAUGACAGAGAGCGAUGUGCGGAGGCUCGGGAGGAGCUCCUACGAAUGCUGGGAGAGGAAGACCUGCGUGAUGCUGUGGUCUUAGUCUUUGCAAACAAACAAGACCUUCCGAAUGCUAUGAAUGCUGCAGAACUCACAGACAAGAUGAAUCUUCACUCCCUCAGAAACAGACGCUGGUACAUCCAGGCAACCUGUGCCACCACCGGAGACGGUCUCUACGAGGGACUGGAGUGGUUGUCGAGUCAGCUCAAGAACAAUUCAUGAUCACAGUCCUCCAAAAAUGAUGCACCCAAAUCUAUCCGUAACUUUGUGCUCUACUCUUAAGAUGGUGCAAAACUGAGCUGCCUUUUUUGGGGGGGGGUCAGCUUAUCUUAAACUGCUGUGGUUAUUCUCUUUCUAGCUGUCGGGCCGUCGCGUGUGCUUUGAGUAAGACUAGGGAAACCAGGAAACAAGAGAUUAACUGCACAUGUUGGCCCCAGUACCUCAAUGCAAUCUGUCUACUUUUUAUAUUGGCUACUGCAGAGCAUGAUCAAUGAGGGACUUUUCACUUUAUAUAAAAAAAACAUAAACACUGAUGCACUACUUGCAGCUUUAUACUUACUUGAACCAGGGACUACAUGUACCAGCUGUUCAGAUUUCCGUUUAGUCAACACUGGUUUAAUAUCAGCACUCUUAACUGACAUCACUCCAAGAUGGAGAACUCCUCGUCUGUGAACAUUUAUUAACUGGCCUUUGUUUUACAGUGCCUUGGUUUUUAUUAGGCUACACUGCAAUGAUCUAAUUUCUACCUGCUUUGUGGUUAUAAGGACAGUUUGUUGUGUCCCUGUUGGGUUUUUGUUAUUCUGAGUCUCAGGUCGAUCAUAAGCUGCCUUUGCAAUAUACGCGUCAGCAAACCUGCAUGAUGUGGUGUGAGGGUUUUUAUAUUUAUAGGGUGUUUUAACCAUGAGACUGCACAGGAAGUAUUACCCCACUACGAGUACUUCUCUCCAGAGUCCUAUACUGACCUAAUUGUAAAUAGAGGAGCUGCACACUACAAUAUUAUGAGUGACUUUGCUAAUGGCUCCAGGAGGUCUUUGCCUUUUCAGUCAUCACAUCCUGGAAGUUGUGAUGGCAAAAUAAAAUCAGCUUUUACUAAAUUUUUACUGUUUUCCAUCGUUGCAGCAUAUUGUUCCUGUGGAAAACAGGAGGUUGUACAUUUGUCGUCUUAUCCGAGACACUUAUAGGUUCGGUUUUUGUUAUAAAGUAUUGGUGUUUACUACUCUGGGUUGCAUUAAACAUUGUUUUGUUUUUUUAUAAUUGCCUCAAUGUUGGAAAACUAUCUUUUUUUAUUGUCGGGUUUUUUAUGUAUAACGUUUGUUUUGUGCGGGGGGAAAAAAGCACUGAGUAAUUUAACCUGAAAGUAAAGUUAAGGAGAAAAUGUGUUUAAAGCCGAUCUCCAGUGUUUCAAUCUAUGCAAUAAAACUACUGAAUAUUAA